AUGGAGGCCGGAUUGGCGGCAGCCAGGAAGGCGAUCAAGGAGGCGAUUAGGAGCAAGAAUUACACUUCUGAUAGAGAUGAGACGUUCGUCCCCAGAGGCAGUCUCUACAGGAACGCUUAUGGGUUUCACCAGAGUCACAUUGAGAUGGUGAAGAGAUUCAAGAUAUGGACCUACAAAGAAGGCGAGAGGCCCGUGGUCCACGUCGGGCCCAUGAAGAACAUCUACUCAAUCGAGGGCCAGUUCAUCGACGAGAUCGACAGCGCAGCCCAAAGCCCAUUCGCGGCCCAAAGCCCCGACGAGGCCCACGCAUUCUUCCUCCCCGUCAGCAUCGCCAACAUCAUCACCUACGUGUACCACCCUUUCACCACCUACGACCGCGGCCGGCUCGUCAGAAUCUUCAGGGACUACGUCGUCCACGUGGCGGCGGCGAAGCACCCGUACUGGAAUCGGAGCUCCGGCGCCGACCACUUCAUGCUCUCGUGCCACGACUGGGCGCCGGAGCUGCCGCGGCACGACCCGAAGCUGUACGAGAACGUCGUAAGGGUCCUCUGCAACGCCAACACGUCGGAAGGGUUCCGCCCGGUUCGGGACGUGGCGAUGCCGGAGCUCAACACUCCGCCGGACAGACUUACCCCUCCAUUUCAGGACGAGGAGUCGCCGGGAACCUGCAAGACGCUGGCCUUCUUCGCCGGCGGGUCACACGGGUACAUUCGGAAGAUGUUGCUGGACCACUGGAAGGACAAAAACGACACAGAGAUUAGGGUUCACGAGUACUUGAACAAGGGAGAGGACUACAUGAAACUGAUGAGCCAGAGCAAGUUCUGCCUCUGUCCGAGCGGGUACGAGGUGGCGAGCCCGAGGCUGGUGGAGGCCAUGUUCGCCGGCUGCGUUCCGGUGAUCCUUUCGGUGAACUACAGCCUGCCAUUCGACGACGUUUUGGAUUGGACCCAGUUCUCCGUCGAGAUUCCGGUGGAGAGGAUACCGGAGAUCAAGACCAUUUUGAGGGAUGUUACGGAGGAAAAGUACUUGAAGUUGCAGAGGAAUGUGGUGAAGGUGAGGCGACAUUUUGAGCUGAACCGGCCGGCCAAGCCGUUUGAUGUGUUGCAUAUGGUGCUUCACUCGAUUUGGCUUAGGAGACUUAACGUUCGGCUCGCCUAGUUAUUGAACUUUUUGAGUCUUUGACAUGUGACCUAUACAAAAAAAAUUUAGUUCACGUUGAUACAUACAUUUGAUCACAGAGAGAAGUUGAUGAAUUUUCCUAUUCAAUUAUACAUUACUAUUCACGAUUGCAACCACGAUUCAAGUUUUUAGAUUCGCUUAUUUACUUGCGUGGGAUGAUGGAAGUUUGUAGAUAUUUCUUAU